GGCUGGGAGCGCACCGCAGCGGGCGAGCGCUGCCCGCCGCCCAGCCCGCUCCAUGGCGUGGCCCUGCAUCAGCCGCGUGUGCUGCCUGGCCCGCUUCUGGAGCCAGCUGGACAAGUCCGACCUCUCGGUGCCGCUCACCAUCCACAGCUACUCCGACAUCGAGGAGCCCGAGGAGGGGGCGAGCCCGGCGCGGGGUGGCCCCCGGCGGGGCGCGGCGGCGGACGGCCGCUCCCGGGCAGGCGGCGGACAGCUGCCGGCCGGGCCCUCCCCCUCGCAGGACAACCUGGCCAUCAAGCGGUCGUGGAAGCGGGGGAGCCACAAGCGGGGCCCGGCGGCGCCCCCCGACAGCCAGCCCUUCGCCGCCGAGACCCAGUACCGGCAGGACUUCCGCGCCUGGCCCCUGCAGAAGCGAGACGCCUACCCCUGGGCCGGCGAGGGCAGGAGAGACGGGCCCCCCGCCCCGCCCAGGUCCGUGUACGUCCUGCCCGCCGGGGACAGCGACCAGCGGCCGGAGGCCAGCAGCAGGCUGAGCUGCUCCCCGCCCGGCGCUGCCAACAUCACCUCCUAUAGGCAGGAGUAUCGUCCAUGGACUGGAGCCAAGCCGUCAAAGCCCAUAAAGACAAAGCAAGGCUUCAUUAUUCCAGAAGAUCAUUUUGUGCAAGAGACUAGCUACAGGGCAGAUUUUAAGAUUCCAGAAGCGAAGACCAAGUUUUCCCCCAACCCUUCUGCGGUUUUCCAGGCUCCUUCCCGUAUCCUCAACGUGUGAACUUGGAUCCAGUUCACGUUCAGGCAGCUUAAAUGUGGGUUGUUUGUAAAAAUGUCCUGCUAUGCAACUUUCAUGCAGGGUGUUAAGAUCAAAGAGACAAUAUCAAAAGCAGCUACAGUGAGUAAUGAUAUAUGCAUAAUAUCUGUGAAUACACAAAUCGCAAAGCACUUGAUUUGGAACUGGCAAAACAGACUGCAAGGGAUGACCUAGUUUUUGUAGAACCAGGCUCAUUACUAUGCCAGCUGGUAUCACAUUAAGAGAUUGACUUUGGGCAGCAAAGACAGUAUUGCAGAUAAUGCCACUACACUUAGCUGCAUUGGGGGGACGAAGGGGGGGGGGGGGGGAAUCACAAAUGGAAAUAACUAAAGACAGUGCUAUCUAACAGACCUGUCUACAGUAGGUCAGUGAAAGAGCUGGUGAAUGACCCAAGCUGACUUUUGAACUUUUUUUUUUUUUUUUUUUUUUUAAAGUUUGAAAUAAACAAGCAAGCAUCUCACACAUACAUUGAAAUACUACACCAAAUGGUGUAGCAUCCGUGACUGGCAUUGAUUUCAGUGGUGUUUUAGAAGUCUUUUGGCAUGAUGAUACUCUUUUUAAAAGAAAAUCAGACAAAAAGUCACUGGGGCUUCAUGGCUGAAAGCUGAAUAUUUCAAAGUUGGAAAGCCACCUUAGGUGGAGUUUGAAUUUCUGAAGAAUAAACAACAAUAGCAUGAGAGAGAAUCAAGAAAGUCCUGUCAAACAACGCCUCAACUUGGCUCUUGGCUGACAGCAAACUCACUAGGUCAGCUCAGAUAACUACUGUGGAUUGUAUGGGCCAGAAACUAAAAUGUUUAUGGAUGUAAAUUGUAAUGGUCAUGCUUAAGGUGUAUGUAUAUAGCGUACAUGGAUUUUGCAUAAUGGAAUCUGAAGAUUCUUUAAUAAAAGGAUAUACUUAGACUUUUAUUAAAUGUUAACUCUUUGCUUAUGCAAGAUGAAAAAUAUAUUGCCUUGAAAAUCUUGAAUUAUUGCCUGUAUAUUGGUAAUGCUAGUGCUAAAAAUAACCAGAGAUGAAUGUUACAUGGAUACUCUAUUUUAAAAAAAAGUAGAAUGUAAGUCAUACCUUCAUUUUUAAAGAUGGACCAUUUUAAAUUUAAUUAUUCUAAAGAUUACCUUUUUUAAAAGAUAACUGAUGUGGAUUUAACUUUUACUCAUUCUGUUUUAAUAAACCAUUUCCUAUUGCUCGUUCAUCAAGAUUGUGAUAAACUUAGAGUUUUUAUCUAACGGGUUUAUGCAAUAUAAUUCAUCUAUUUCUAAUUUAACAUUUUUCCUAAUUUUCUUCUGAAAAUGUCACAGAGAAAAAAGUUAUAGUUUGUGUGUUAGAAAUUUGUCUAUUAGAAUGAAAGGAAUUGUUACCCUCAAACUUGAACAGUAAUCAGUUAUUCAUUCAUCUGUAAUGAAAGUGACUUUGAUAAAAUGGGAAGUUACAGAAAUUUUCUCUUAACCUUUUCCCAGCUCAAGUCAAAGGCUGGUUUAAUGAUCCUUUGGACUAUACAAACACACUCACAUUGCCAGUCAUCUCCGUAAAAGCGAUUCUUGAACUGGGGGCUGGUGGACUAUAUUUGAAAUUUACCUAGAAGGUACAAUGCAUUAUAUAGGGAUUUAAGGGAGCCACUUCCAUUAAAACUGGUACGAUUGAGCCACUAAGACUCAACCAUGAGUAAAGCUAAUAUGCCCAUUAAUGUGGGUUUCUUUGGGAUGGGGGAUGAAAUUUCUUGCACUCUUCAGAUUUUAUGUUGGGACUUAUUGUCUGAUGAAUUUGCAGUAUUUAACAUCAGUACUUGCAGAAAAAAAUCGAUAUUAUAUAUAAUUUAUUUAUUUAUUUAUUGGGGUGGGGGGAGAAGAGAGAGAAUAAUAAUUUUUUCUGGAAACUGAUUGAAAUAUUCCAAACUGCACUAAAUGUUUUGCAUGUUAAAUGUUUCUAAGGCAAAAAAAUGUAUAAUCUGCUUGAUUAAUCUGUUUAUAAAGUUUUUAACAGUUCAGUUUCAACAGUUCAGUUAAUUUCACUCUUGGAUUUUACUAUUAGCAAAAAAACCCAACACAUACUGCCUACUCAGUUUCUUUUCUUAAUUUACUAUAUUUCUACAAAACAGUUGUAAACAAACUGGUAAUACAUGAAGCUUGUAUUUUAUCAAAUGGACUGAAAGUUAAUUUAAUAAAAUGUAUUUUGGCUA